GGAAAAUAUCCCUUUCAUUUAACUUUUUCCCUUCCUUCCAAGACUUCAUUUUGUUCCCAAUCAAAGUGUUACUUCUUCCCGCGCUUUUUUGAAAUCCCCCGAAGAAGAAAUGGGCCAACCAUGGGAAGAAUCUCUCGACCUCGACGAUUCAGACCUCCCUUCUCUCCGCCCUCUGAAGCGCCAAACCACCACUCUCUCUCCCUCUCAACCAUUUCUCCAACGCUGUUGCUCUCUCUCCCAAAAUAAUCAUAAUCUUCCCUCACAAUUACAUCCCUUCAUCCCCGGCCCUGCUGGAACCCUCCAAAUCGCCAUGCUCCGUCGUCGGAACAUUAAAAAUGAAGAAAAUACCCAUGAACAUGAACAUGCAGUCCCUACUCAGGAGUACCUUAGAAGAGCUAUCCAAGACAGCGUUGAAGAUGACGAUGAUUUCACUCGUCAUCCCUGGCGCUCCGCAGUCCAAUUUAUUCGGCUAAAAGGCUUAACAGACGGUGAUGGCGCAAUUGGGAUUCCCUUGAGUGCGAUCAAGAACUGGAAUAACUUGGAUAAGCUGCCUCAGGUUGUUGCUAUUAUCAAAUGUUGCAACACACUAAAUGGCCUUGGUGACAUGAUGGUUACUCUUAAGGAUCCAACUGGCACAAUUGAUGCUACCAUUCAUCAUAGAGUACUUGCCGAGACUGAGUUUGGAAAGGAUGUAUCUGUUGGAGCGGUGCUAGUAAUCCAAAAGAUUGCGUUGUAUCAAUCAGCCUGUAAUUGCUUUGAGAGAUCGACAAUUUUUCAGGUGGCAGUUUUUUCUCCUUCACGUGCUGCUCAUUAUCUCAACAUAACACAUAGCAAUAUAAUCAAGGUCAUCCCCAAGGAUACUAGAGAUCCGCAAAAUCGAGACUGUUCUGCACCAACAGUCAAACAUGUUGCUCCAAUUUCUGAGCGCAAUGAAGAUUCAUGGAUGCCUCAGAAGCCAUUCUCUUCGUCACAGGGAAGAACUGAAGGAAUUAUGAGUAGUCUCAGACAAGAUGCUACAAGAGGAAGUUCUCAUGACGAACAUAUGGAAAGAGACAAGGCAACAAAGCAUAGCUGCAAUAGCAGUAGAGAAAUUACAAAUCAAAAUGCUAUUGCUGGGAAGGAACUUUUACUGGCGCAUCAGAAUGUGGCUAAUCAAUCGAAUGAAACAACUGAUGAAACAGAUAAAAAUAAUAACAAUGAAGUUGUGUCAUGUGAACAGAUAAACCCUUCCACUCAAGCAGGGAGAGGCAACAUAUUGGAAAAUGCUCCAUCCGCUAGUGCUGCAGCAGACUCGUUUAAUCCCUUUAGCAACAGAGGGAGCGGAGAAGUUAGUGGAACUAAGCAGAGACAGCCGCUGACUUCGAGCGUUGCACUCCCACAGUGGACAGAUGAACAAUUGGAUGAGCUUUUUGCAUUAGAUUGAGUAGCUUAUUUACUGGUUUGACUGUACUUGCUUGGUUAACAUUCAGGAGUAGGUGAAUCAACAUUUGAAGUGUAAAGAUGGCAUGUAUAUGCUCUGUAAUUGCUUUAUUUUCUUUAUUUUUUUUCCUCCUCCCCCUUUAUAGGAAGAUUAAAGGCUUCUAAGCUUGCAUAUAGCCUUGCAGGAAUUUUUUUCUCUAUUCUGUAAACAUGCUAUAGAACUUAUUUACUGUGUUUGUACGUGUUAGGCUUUAUGGA